CCCAGGCUGAGAGUAGCUGCUGUUUCUGAGAGGACGAUUCGUAAGGAGGCCCCUGGUGCGGUUUCCCUUUGCUGUUCCCUCUGCGGGCCCUGGCCGUACUUCAGCGGUGUCUAGAGCGUGGUCCGUUCUCGUCUACCUGCCUGCCUUUCUGCAGAGGUAACUGUGGUUGGCCCAGUAGUCGGCUGUCGAAAGUGCCGGCCCCGGCGCCGGCGCCGGCUGCAGCCGGGUGGGAAGGCUCAAGAUGGCGUGCCUGUUGGAGACCCCAAUCCGCAUGAGCGUCCUUUCGGAAGUAACAGCUAGCAGUCGCCACUAUGUUGACAGGCUAUUUGACCCUGAUCCCCAGAAAGUUCUACAAGGUGUCAUAGACAUGAAAAAUGCUGUAAUUGGAAACAACAAGCAGAAAGCCAACCUCAUUGUUCUAGGAGCUGUUCCAAGAUUAUUGUACUUGCUUCAGCAAGAAACCUCAAGCACAGAGUUGAAAACUGAAUGUGCAGUGGUAUUGGGAAGUCUUGCUAUGGGUACUGAAAACAAUGUUAAGUCUCUACUCGAUUGCCAUAUUAUCCCUGCCUUACUGCAAGGACUACUGUCCCCAGACCUGAAGUUCAUUGAAGCUUGCCUCCGAUGCCUGCGCACCAUCUUCACCAGUCCCGUUACUCCAGAGGAACUACUGUAUACAGAUGCCACAGUGAUACCGCAUCUCAUGGCGCUGCUUAGCAGGUCCCGCUAUACCCAGGAGUACAUCUGUCAGAUCUUCUCACACUGCUGUAAAGGUCCAGAUCAUCAAACAAUUUUAUUUAAUCAUGGUGCAGUUCAGAAUAUUGCUCACCUACUAACCUCAGUAUCUUACAAAGUUCGAAUGCAGGCACUGAAAUGCUUCUCAGUUUUAGCUUUUGAAAACCCCCAGGUAUCGAUGACCCUGGUAAAUGUUUUGGUUGAUGGAGAAUUGUUACCACAAAUUUUUGUGAAGAUGUUACAGAGGGAUAAGCCCAUUGAAAUGCAGCUCACAUCAGCAAAAUGUUUAACUUACAUGUGUAGAGCUGGAGCAAUUCGGACAGAUGACAACUGUAUUGUAUUAAAGACAUUGCCUUGUUUGGUUCGAAUGUGCAGUAAGGAGAGGUUACUAGAGGAGAGAGUUGAAGGAGCUGAGACACUCGCCUAUCUGAUUGAACCAGAUGUUGAGCUACAGAGAAUUGCUAGCAUUACUGAUCACCUCAUUGCCAUGCUUGCUGAUUAUUUCAAGUAUCCCAGCUCUGUGAGUGCCAUCACUGAUAUUAAAAGGCUUGAUCAUGACUUAAAGCAUGCUCACGAACUUCGCCAGGCUGCAUUCAAGCUCUAUGCCUCUCUCGGAGCAAACGAUGAAGACAUCCGGAAGAAGAUCAUUGAGACUGAAAAUAUGAUGGACCGAAUUGUGACUGGCUUGUCUGAGUCUAGUGUCAAGGUGCGGUUAGCUGCCGUCAGAUGUUUGCACAGUUUAUCUAGAUCUGUGCAGCAGCUUCGAACCAGUUUCCAGGAUCACGCCGUGUGGAAACCUUUAAUGAAGGUUUUACAAAAUGCACCAGAUGAAAUCCUAGUAGUAGCAUCUUCCAUGUUAUGUAACCUUCUUCUUGAAUUUUCUCCAAGCAAAGAGCCAAUUUUAGAAUCGGGAGCUGUAGAGCUACUUUGUGGAUUAACCCAAAGUGAAAAUCCUGCUUUACGAGUGAAUGGAAUUUGGGCUUUAAUGAAUAUGGCAUUUCAGGCUGAACAAAAAAUAAAAGCAGAUAUUUUACGAAGCUUGAGUACUGAACAGCUAUUCCGGUUAUUAUCAGAUUCAGAUUUGAAUGUGCUGAUGAAGACAUUGGGCCUUCUUAGAAAUCUCCUCUCUACUCGCCCACACAUAGAUAAAAUAAUGAGUACUCAUGGAAAGCAAAUUAUGCAAGCUGUCACCCUUAUUUUGGAAGGGGAACAUAACAUUGAGGUCAAAGAGCAGACACUGUGCAUCCUAGCCAACAUAGCAGAUGGGACAACGGCAAAAGAACUUAUUAUGACCAAUGAUGACAUCCUGCAGAAAAUCAAGUAUUACAUGGGUCAUUCACAUGUCAAAUUGCAGCUUGCUGCUAUGUUUUGUAUAUCAAACCUCAUAUGGAAUGAAGAGGAAGGCUCACAAGAACGCCAGGAUAAAUUACGAGACAUGGGCAUCGUAGAUAUUCUGCACAAACUGAGUCAGUCACCAGAUUCAAAUCUUUGUGACAAGGCAAAGAUGGCACUGCAGCAGUACCUGGCGUGAUGGGAACGCCCUGGGCGCCUGCGAGCAUCCCACAUCCUUGUUAAAGGAAGUACAGGAACUAGCCUCAUUUGAUUCCUUCUAUUUGCACAAGUCACCUUGGACUGCAGGGAGCUGUUUUGCAAAAGCAAUUUGGUAGGCUUAGAUCUCAAAUUCACCUUGAGAACAUUUUUUUGAGGUAAUAAUUUCCUCAGAGGACUAUUGUGUUUUGUUUUGUUUCUGAGCUACCUGGACUCUUUAUUAGAACAAUCAAUUAUUUUCCUUUGGACCUACAAUUUUUUGCCUAUGCUGCAGCCACUUUGUGAGUGAGAAUGGCUGUGUGUGUGUGUGCGCGCGUGCGUGCAUGUGGGUCAGGAUGAAUGGACGUGUGUGUGUGAGGGAUACCUCAAAGUUUUCUUUUCUUAUUUUGUGUGAAAAUCUCUUUUCUACAGAUUUUCCAGGGUUUAAGCAUUGCUUGCUGUAUAAAAAUCUUUACUGAAUUAUAUACAGUUUGAAUGAAAUGUUAUUUUAAAAACAAAACGAUUGUUAAGUGUUCCAUAAAGGUUAUGUUGAAUUUUGGUCAGAUGAAUAUUUGUAAGUAAAAAAUAUAUGCAUUUCUGAACCUCAA